UCCGCGGAGGAGGAGGUGGAGGCGGCCGCGGCGGCGGCGGCGGAAGAGGGCGGAGGGUAGUGGGAUGGGGGUCCCGCGGCAGCGCUGAAACUCCGGGUGGGCGUCCGUGGCGCUGCUGCACUGACAGGCCCGGGAGUAGCCUGCCUUCCGCUCUCACCACCUCGGAAUAGCCAGUCCUUCCCCGGGGAGCCAGUUCUUCCCCGGGCCCCUGAGCCAUGCCCAGCGCGGCGGCCCCGGACGAGCCAGGGAUCGAACUCAGGACCUUGCACUUGCGAGGCAGGCAGCAGAACCACUGAGCUAAAUCCCUGCCCUGAAAACCAGCUUCUUUAAAAUGACUCUUACUGCUGUUUGACAAGACAGGAUCACACAAUGUAGUCCAAGCUGGCCUGAAACCUGCUACAUAGCCUAGGCUAAUUUAAAAUUCUCAAUCCUCCUGCCUCAGCUUCCAAACUGCUGGGAUUACCAGUAUCCUUUCUACUUGUGGUCCUAUCCACCUGCCACCCCAGUCAGGAAAUCUUUUCUCUAACUGACUGGGAGAGAUAUCCAGUUUACUUCAAGACAUUUGUGAGAACUUCUGGAUGUACUUUUCUAUUCUUGAGAGCUUCCAUCACUUAACAGACUGUCACAGUUCGGGUAUAAAUUAAUUAUUUGAAAGCAACUGAAAAAUGGAGCCAGACAUAAUUCGAAUGUACUCUUCAUCCCCACCACCACUAGAUAAUGGAGCAGAGGAUGAUGACGAUGACGAAUUUGGGGAAUUUGGUGGAUUUUCAGAAGUUAGCCCUUCUGGCAUAGGGUUCGUCGACUUUGAUGCACCAGAUUUUACUCAUUCCAAGGAAGAGUUUAUACCUUCAAAUCAUUUUAUGCCAAUUCAUGAUUUCUCAGAAAAUGUAGAUAGCCUUACAAGCUUUAAGUCCAUGAAAAAUGGUAAUGAUAAGGAAAUCACUGCUGAACUUUCUACUCCUGUGAAAGGACAGUCUGAUGUUUUACUUUCAACCACCAGCAAAGAAAUAAUUUCAUCUAAAACUUUAGAUACUUCCAUUGAUGGCAUGGAAAGUCCAGGAGAUUUAAAUAAAGUAGUAGAGCAGAAACAGAAUCUUGGAACACCUGAAAGUUUUUCUUUAGGAGAUUUUAGAACUGAUACUAACAUAGUUCAUCAAAACAAACAGUUAGAGAACUGCAAUGGUGAAAAGCCUCCUUGUCCAGAGGUUCUAACAAAUGGGUUUACAGGGUUGGGAACUGUAAAUCCACAUGGAACAGAUGAUCUGGACAGUGUAGCUGAUUCAGAGGAACAGAAACCUCUUAGCACUCCUAGCACUGAGUAUAAUUUAGACUCUGCGCCUAGCCCUGCUGAAGGAUUUGCAGAUUUUGCUACAUUUUCCAAAAAGGAAAGAAUACAACUAGAAGAAAUAAGCUGUGCAGUUUUAAAUGAUAGAGGUACACUAACUGUUCAGGAAAACAACAAAAUUAACAGAGUUGAUGAAGUGAAUUCUAUAAAAGGAGUGUCUUUGGAUAGAAGCUUUGAUGAUAAAGGAGAUACUGAUGGAGAGGAUACUUGUGUUUCAGAAAUAAGCAUAGUGUCUAACAGAGGUUUCAGUGUUGAAAAAGAAGGCCUUCCAACACUGCAAUCAAAGUCAUGGAGUUUGGUAGACUCAGCUGAUGAUUCAGAAGCCAUUAGAGAACAGUGUAGAACUAAGGAAGAACUUGAUUUAUUUUCUGCUAAAUGUGCUGACCUAUGCAUGGAUUUUAUUAAAACUUCUGAUGCUGAUGAAAUUGAUUCUUCCGAAGAAGAAAAAAAGUUUACUAACUCCCAAACCCUAAGCACUGAUCCCACAGAAGAAAAUGUUUUGGGUGAUUUUGUAAGUGUAAAAAAUGGUGAAAGCAGUCAUGAGUUUGUAACUUGCAGUGAUACCAAUGAGGAUGAUUUUGGUGAUUUUGGCACAGCCAGUGGCACCACUCCACCCCUCAUUACUGGUACUCAAGAUUCAAUGAGUGAUACCACUUUUGAAGAGUCUUUAGAGCACUUUCCACAUUUCAGUGAACCAGGUGAUGACUUUGGAGAAUUUGGGGAUACAAAUGCUACUUCUUGCCAAGAGGAAAUGGUAUUUAGUGAGUCAGACCUAAAACAUACUUCUGAUAGUUUAUCAGAGGAAUGUCAGAUGGCAAGAAAGUCAAGUGAAGCUGGCACAGAACCUGUUUCAAAACUGAAAAAUGGGCAAGACAGUGAGUUUGGAGAUUUUGAUUCUGUGCCAAAUAUUCAAGAUGAUUGCAAUGCUUUUCAAGACUCUGAUGAUUUUGCGGACUUCAGUUCAGCUGGUCCUAGCCAAGUUGUAGAUUGGAAUGCUUUUGAGGAUGAACAAAAAGAUGAUUGUUCUUGGGCUGCUUUUGGAGACCAACAGGCUACUGAAGCUCAUCAUCGAAAGGAAGUCUGCCAGUCACAUAGGACAGAUGAAAAUAUUGAGACUCUGGGAACCCCCAAGAUGCGCAGUGCCCCUUUGGCAACUUCCAGAAGAACAGUUGCUAGUGGUCAUUUACAGGAAUCAGCCACUUCAGUUCAGACAGCUUUACUAAACCGCCUGGAGCAAAUUUUUGAAGGAUGUUUUCCUUCCAUAUCUGUCCCUGAUGCUGAAGAGGAAGUUACUUCCCUGAAGCACUUGCUGGAGACAAGCACCUUGCCAAUAAAAACAAGAGAGGCCUUAGCUGAAAGUGGGGAACUGCUGGAUGUGUGGACUGAACUACAGGAUAUCCAUGAUGCACAUGGCUUGAGAUACCAGUGGGGUGGCUCCCAUAGCAACAAGAAGCUUUUGUGUUCCUUAGGAAUAGACACUCGAAACAUUCUCUUCACGGGCAAUAAAAAGCAGCCUGUUAUAGUGCCCAUGUAUGCAGCAGGAUUGGGUAUGUUAGAGCCCACCAAGGAACCAUUGAAACCACUAUCUGCUGCAGAAAAAAUUGCUUCCAUUGGUCAGACAACCACCAUGACAGCAGAGAUGAACACAUGCACAUCUGAUCAAUUCCAGGAGUCUCUACCACCCGUCCAGUUUGACUGGAGUAGCAGUGGCCUUACUAACCCUUUAGAUGCUAGUGGAGGUUCCACUCUUCUGAACCUUGAUUUCUUUGGGCCCGUGGAUGACAGUAGCUCUAGCAGCAGCACCACAAUCCCAGGUGUGGAUCCAGAAUUGUAUGAGUUAACAACCUCUAAGCUGGAAAUCUCCACCUCAAGCCUCAAAGUGACUGAUGCAUUUGCGAGACUCAUGUCCACAGUAGAGAAGACGAGCACAUCUACCAGGAAACCAAAAAGAGAAGAACACUUGAGUGAAGAAGCUAUCAAGGUGAUUGCCAGCCUUCCUGACUUGACAUUCAUGCAUGCCAAGGUGUUGAUGUUCCCAGCCACAUUAACACCUUCCACAAGCUCCCAAGGACAAGCAGACUGAUAACUGCUGUGAACUGGACGGUUGCAAUGCUUUUCUUUUCCAUCUCUUCCCUACCAUCAAAAGCAUAUCUGCUCUUAACUAAAAAAAAAAUAAUAAAAAAAUUCAAGUUCAGCUGAUUUGUUGGUAAGCCGCACUAGAAAGGUAUACAUAGUAAUGUAUAUUUAUUUACAUACUGAAGUCCUAAAUUUAUAUUAGAAAAAAAUGUAAAUAAUUGGGGGUGAACAUUUUUGAAGAUUUAUUCUUUUUGUGUUGCUGGGGUAUAUACAUUUAUGUCUUUGUGAAAUACACUGGUGGUGUCCUUCUUAUAAAACUUUUGAAAUAAAAAAAGAAAAUUAAAAACUCAAAUCUCCACUGUCUGUGAAAUCCCCUUCAGUCUUUUCAGAUUGCAUUGAAUGGCCUCUUAAUUUUUCAUAUCCUAUGUUUAAUUACUUUCACUGUCAUAAAUAAGCUCCAGAGUCCUUGUUUGAUUUUUUUAAAAUUUUGUGUGUGAUGAUUUGUUUCAGAUCUGGCAUUUGUUAAUAUUUUUGGGCUCUUUUUUACUCUUGUCAGUGUGGCAUAUAGCUAUUUGACCUUUUGCAAGGUAUCUCAUCAGUUACUCUUUUGUUAUAGGGUAUAGAUCAUUGUUGGAACUUGAUUGGAGGGGUUUAAAGAGAUUGUGUCUGUUUUUACAUCAAUUUAAUUUAGAGAAGGACCAAAUUAUAUGAAUGUCUUACAAUGAAAUUGUUACUGAUUUUUUGUUGUUGUUGUUCUGUCAUACCACUAGUUUAUGAGGAUUUUGCACAGUGUAAAAUGACAUAAUCAUAGAUUGCUAUGGUUUAGGCUGUAUAUACAGUAAAAACUAUGGGUUUUAAAUGUUUGGGGAAAUUCCUAUGGAAAAAAGAGAGACAUGUAGAAGAACCUCUAACAAGGUUAAUGUGCAUGCCCAAGGUCUUUUGAGAUUUCAGUGUGUAAAUUUCCUUUUAGCUUACACAAAAA